AUGGUGCAAAAUAGCAGCCCGAGUCCUUGGAUGCCGCAAGAGAUUCGACAUGACGAUCACCUUGACCAAAGCGGUUUAACCGAGACACCUCAGUGGAACCACCACUUGCCCGGACCAGGAGAAAGCCAUGCCAGUGAUGAUGCCACACUUGGCUCGCUGCUGCCCCUCACAACAACUCCUUUCACUCUGCCCCCGGCCUUGGUGCCUCUAUUAGACGAGAUUAUCGGCCGAGGGAGAACCAUAUCAUUCCUCACCCCAGACCUCCAACUUCAAUCUCCCGACGCGUCAUAUCUGAAUGCGGGCUCAGUUUUAUGUGCACCCCAACCUCCAUAUAACAUUGGUGUUCCAACGACAUCUUUCCAAAUACCCAGCGACAGCCCCAUAACCACGGGAAGUGUCUUCCAAGCCCGCGCGGAAUACGUCGCCGGCCGCCUAGUCCUGCAGGCUAGGGCUCUAGCAGAAACGGGACAGACGGCCUUUAUCCACCACACUCAUGUCAACGCCUCUCUGAUACUGCGAGACGCCUUAGCUGCCUGCUCCCUGGACGUCAUGCGCAACUCGGCGAACGUGUUUCUUGUCCGGUCUGAGAUUAAGAGGCGGGUAGAACUGCUUAUAGAGGCUACAGAGACAGCCAUCUCCCUUACGCCUCCCAGUUCCCAUUCGACUAUGAACCUUGAUCUCCUGCCCGCUGUGCAGGCCAUGCUUGUUUACCAGUGCAUACGAUUAUUCUCGACCGGCGACGUUGCACAGCAGGCAGAGGCGGAGCGAGACGCUGAGCCGCUUGCAAGAUGGGUCGGCAUCUUGCAAGGACAGACUCAGUGGCCGCGAGAUAACAGUGCCGGCGGUACACAGCUCGAGCAUUCGAGCUGGAAAGACUGGAUCCAAGCCGAAAGCAUCCGACGUACUAUAAUCUUUGCAGAGCUACUUGACGGCAUCUAUACCUUUCUUAGGUUUGGCUGGUACCGACCCAGUGCGAGGAUGGCCAGGCUGGGCUUUACAGGACAAGUCGCCCUAUGGGAAGCAAGAUCAGUAGCAGAAUGGCACCAAGCAAUGGGGCAAAGGCCUUGGGUCGAGGUUAGUAUCUCAAGUUUCCAUGACGACAUUAAAGCGGCAUUACCCGACGACCUUGAUGAAUUGGGAAUCGUCAUCUGGGUAAGCUAUAACGGCAUUGACGCGUUAGAGGAGUGGUUGGGUGGCGACAGCACACUGCUUGGGAAAUGGGGGCUAAGGCCCCGGGAUGGCUUCGCCUCUUAG